CCAGUGGAUUAUGGCCAGGCUUGCUCUGGUAGCCCUGAAGAGAACAUCAGCACCAUUAACAUCGCAUCACGUGUCGAGCAUGCCUUGGAUGAGGUGUUUAAAUUACAUCCAAUCACAAACAACCCAUCACCGUUAUCCCCCUACAAUCAGGUUACUACGAGCAGGUCAUACAAGAGUGUUACUGGUAUCAGUUCCUCAAGAGAACGCAACCGUGCAAACCGAGAUUCGGGCAAUUGCUCUGGCUCAUCGGUUUUCAGCAAUAUGUCAUAUUUGGAAUCAGCCACUGGUGAUUCUUUAUUCCUGGAUCAGCUGAGCUCUGAUCAUUACUGUCAGUCCGGCAAGAGGGAAGAUUCAGACUCGGAUGCAAGAGAUAGCCAGUUUAACUCUCCCACUACUGAUACUCUGGAAGACGGCUAUCAGUGCUUCAGCAGUGUUUUGGAAAAGGGAAAUGAUGCAGAUGUUUGUGUGAACCUUUCAGAUGAUGUUGGUGAUGAUGAGAAGUGCAUCAUGAAAAAUCUCAUCACCAGCACAAAUCCACUCUAUCCUUCUCUUAUUCUGCCUGGUGGCAGCAUCACACCAAGUGAUGAAGGAUAUCAGGCUUUUCAAGGCUUAACAAAGAGCACAGAAGGACAGUGGAGCACGAGCGUCAGUACUGAACAAGCACUUAAUGCAUGUGGAGCUUUGAAAUUCCCCCAGAGCACCGGCCAAGAUCCCACAUCUGUGCAGCAAAUUUCUUGGGCCACUUCUUUGCAUUUCCCACCCGUUAUUCAAAUAGACAGUUCAUAUCAGUGUGUUUAACUGUGCUCAUAAAACAAAUGACAAGUACAUGCCUGAAACAUUGAAUUCAUUUUUGCAUGUAAUGUCAACAAUUACAAUGAAUCAUUCAUUUGAAAAUAUGACCAGUAUUAAGAACCAUGCAAACUUUGUCCAUUGUUUGUUUAGACUCAGAGCCAAUGCCUUGAAUUUAGGUUAUGCCAGCUAUUUCUACAGUAAGAUGUUGAAAAGUGCCUUAAAAGGAUACGCCACCCAUUGAAAUUAUCAUGCCAUCCCAAAUGACUUUCUUCUGUGAAAUGCAAACAAAGCUUUUUAGAGGAAUAAUCCAUCUCAGUGAGUCUAUAUAAUGCAAGUUUAUCUUAGUAAAUGAUGAGAGAAUAUUAAUUCACCAGAGUGUCACUUUAAAUGCCUGUAGGGAUCAUGUACAGUAACUAUUCUUGUUAUUCAUAUUUCUUUAUUACUCUAUUAUGCUACACAAAAUGUCAAAUGUGAAUCUGAGUCAAAUUUGCAAAUGCAAAUUUUAAAGGCAUGAUAACAAGACUUCUUAUUCUGUUUAACUAUGCUGUAAAAACAAAUAAUGUCUAUGUUUACAUUUUUAACUAUUGAUCUCUAUACAGUUGCAAUGAUAAUUUCUUUGAAAAUAUUACCAGUAAUAAGAAACUUUGGAGGAUUCACUCUUUCAACAAAAGGGGUUAUACAGCGACUUACUCUAAUACUCUAGUUAUAACAUACUCUAGGAAGUAAUGUAUUAUUUUUCUUGGCAUUCACAUUUUUAUUAUAUUAUGUGGCAUUUGCUAAUGUCAUUAUUACAGGUCUAUGGCUUCAUUACAGGGUCUGUACUUGCUGUCUCAGUCUGUAAAUUGAACUUGUAUUUUUCAAUAGAAUGUUUCAACACAAAGAAAAAAAGAUGUUUGUAUAUAGGAUGCAUUUAGAUGUAGAUGACAUUAUAAUGUUUUUUUUGCUAUCAUCAACAGGACAAUGGCUUACUCUUCAAAAACUCCUCUCAUCUCGGUCAGUUCAUAGACAGUUAGUCUCAGCCUGUGUACAGUAACUGUGUUGUCAAACAGAUGAUCGGUAUGUGUGUGAAACAUUUCAUUAUUUUUGUAUGUAAUCUCUAGUUGUUCCACUACUAUGGCAUUCUUACAAAAACUAAAGCACUUCUCAAUUAAAGCAAUGUAAAUAGCUACAGCCUUUAUUUCUACAUUUCUAAAAUAAAACCUCAGAAUGUUGAAAUAGAGUCCGGGUCCUUCAGGGGAAUUUCGAACAGGUUUUCACAGGGCUUUUGUUUUAUGCUGCCUGCU